AUGGAAUUUCCCGAUUUAGGAAAGCAUUGUUGUGUUCAAACAUGUAAUCGUCUUGAUUUUUUACCAAUGAAAUGUGAUGCAUGUACAAAAAUUUUCUGCAAAAAUCAUAUUAAAUAUGAUGAGCAUAACUGCGAAUCAUCUUAUCAUAAAGAUGUUCAAGUGCCUGUUUGUCCAUUAUGCAAUAAAGUAGUAUCCUGUCCUCGAAAUGAAGAACCAGAUAAAGUUAUCAGUGCACAUAUUGAUCGUGAUUGUAAAUCCGAUCCAGCUUUACGUCGUCCGCGUAUUUAUAAAAACCGAUGUUCAGCUUCAAAUUGUAAACAACGUGAAGCAAUAGCAGUGCACUGUGAUAAAUGUUUGAAAACAUAUUGUUUAAAACAUCGUUUUCCCGAAGAUCAUAAAUGUAAUGGAUUUGAAAAUACGGGAAGACAAAUGAGUAGAACUGGUGCUGCAGCUAUUGAUAGACUGAAAUCAUUCACAACAAAUACAAGUGUGAAAUCAUCGACACCUUCUGCACCCAUUUCUGUCAAUACAAUGGACAAUAACAACUCUCAAAUAACAAAUAAUAACGCAGCAACUACUGCUGUGACUUUGAAUAAUGAUCUCGAUGACUUACAAGAGUUAGGAAGUAAAAUGUCAAUUGAAGAUAGCGAUCUACAGCAAUAUGAAGAUUAUCUUUUGGCCAAAGCUCUUCAGGAAAGUGAAGAAGAGAUUCGUCGGAGCAAACCACAGAUGUUAGAAUUAGAAUGGAAAUGUCCUGGAAGACGUUUGCCUUUAACGACGACGACUAAUAGUCCAGUUAGCCUAUCUGCUAAUGAAAUUAUUGCAGUUAAUUCAAACAAUCAACAUUUGAUAACAAAACAAGACGAUCAAAAAAUGACAAAUGAAGCAGAAGAAUUUGAUAAUGAGCAUGAUAAUACAUUAACGAAUAAAAAAAUAACAAUAUCCUCUUUUCGUUCUGUUGUUGGAAAACCCAGUCGAACAACAGUAAAAAAAGUUGAUAUGAAUACAAUUAUUGCUGAUUUGAGCAACAAAAAUCGACAACAAGAAGAAGAUAAAAAAGUUCAAAAACAAACUACGGUAAAAUAA